AUGGUCUUGCGUCAUUUUUCAACUAGCUCUUUGGAGGUACUGUGUACAGAAGAGCACCUGGAGCUCCUGGACUCGGUUGAUACUUUACGUCUUCAAGGUAUCAGUCACUACAUCUCCCUUCCCCAGAUAAUCGUCUGCGGAGACCAAUCCUCAGGAAAAAGCUCCGUGCUGGAGGCAAUAUCUGGCGUUUCAUUUCCGGUUCGAAGCAGUCUUUGUACGCGAUUCCCGACUGAGCUUGUCCUGCGUAAAAGUGCCCAGACUGGAGUGAGCGUGUCUAUCGUUCCUCAUCGAUCUCGCAGUGAUGUUGAACAAGAAACACUUUCACGCUUCCAUGAGGAGCUCGAGAGCUUUGAAGGUCUCCCGCAGUUGAUUGAGAAUGCAAAAACUGCCAUGGGCAUAUUUACCCAUGGCAAAGCCUUCUCCAAUGACCUCCUUCGGGUUGAAGUCUCAGGACCCGACCGGCCCCAUUUGACGAUCGUUGACCUUCCGGGCCUAAUCCACUCCGAGACAAAGCAGCAGUCAGCCGCUGACGUUGCGCUUGUUCAAGAUGUCGUUCAAUCCUAUAUGAAGGAACCGAGGAGUAUUAUCCUUGCGGUUGUUUCCGCGAAGAACGAUUUUGCCAAUCAGAUCGUCCUACGACUCGCACGGGAGGCAGAUCCCUCAGGCAAGCGAACACUCGGUGUCAUCACAAAGCCUGACACACUGGUUCAGGGUUCGGAAAGCGAGGCCCAAUUUGUCUCUCUUGCCAAAAAUCAGGAGGUAGAUUUUCGUCUCGGCUGGCAUGUGCUCAAGAACAUGGACACGGAAAAAGGAACAUGGAGCCUAUCAAUUCGAAGUAAGCAAGAGACCGAGUUCUUUUCUACAGGUGUUUGGGAGGACUUGCCACGUUCCCAUGUUGGUAUAGACACGCUCCGGGAAAGGUUAAGCAGGCUACUUCUCGGUCAGAUUGCCGCUGAGCUACCUAGCUUGAUGAAUGAAAUACAGGCCAAAAUAGACGAAUGCGUUAAGAGGCUAGAGAAGCUAGGAGAGCCUCGCUCUACUCUUCAGGAGCAGCAGUCGUAUCUUCUCCACAUCAGCCAAUCUUUUCAAAAUCUCGUGAAAGCCGGUCUGGAUGGCAGUUACAAUGACCCAUUUUUUGGGAGUGCCCACUCAGAGAGCGGCUAUCAGAAGCGAAUGCGUGCGGUAAUCCAGAACCUGAGUGAAGAUUUCGCCCAAAAUAUAAACGAAAAAGGCCACUACCGUCAUAUAUCCAACGGCGAGGAUGAUGAGAAAACCUCAAAUAUGCAGUUAUUUGUCACUCGCGAACAGUACCUUCAACAUAUUGAAAUGUUGCUCCGACGAACCAGGGGAAGGGAGCUUCCUGGGACAUUCAAUCCAAUGAUCGUCAACGAUUUGUUCAAGGAACAAUCCCAGCCGUGGCAAAAUAUUGCAAAAGACUAUAUUGCUAAGGCUUGGGAAGCAGCGAAGAUAUUCAUAUAUGCCGCUGUCACUGAAGUUAGCGACAUGGCAACCUCGAGCGCUUUGCUGAAAGAUGUCUUCGACCCGGCCCUCGGCAAUCUCUUGAAGAAAAUGGAGAUGAGGUUAGAUGAAAUGCUUGAGCGCCACCGGAAUGGGCACCCAAUAACAUACAAUCAUUAUUUCACUGACAACUUACAAAAGUCUCGUCGGAAUGUAUUAGAGGGAGAGUUCUCUAAGGUCUUAACACAUUUCUUCAAUGUCACUGAAGUUAAUACAUUUAAUUUCAAAAAUAACACGUUUGAUCUUCGCAGUCUUUUGGAUUCACUGCUCAAGUCUUCUGAAACGGAUAUGAUUCGGUUUGCCGCCCGGGAAGCUUUGGAUUGUACAUUGGAAUAUUAUAAGGUGGCACUGAAAGGUUUCAUUGAUGGUGUCGCAACAGACGUUGUGGAAACGACCCUCGCCAAAUCCAUUGACCAGCUAUUUUCACCUAUCGUGGUGUACCAUAUGCCAGACACUCUGGUCGCGCGAAUUGCAGGGGAGUCAAAGGAGAAUCGAGAUUUACGUGACCAGCUUUCGAAGAAGCUCAAAAUACUAGGCAAGGGAUCUGCUACCUGCAGAAAGUUCGUCAGCAUCCAACAGACAGCAGCGCUCAGCUCCAGCCUGCAGCGGAUUAGUGUUCCCAGUAACAACACCAGAAAUAAUUCAAUGUCAUUCUGCGACGAUGCUGUGUCGCUUAGCGAAUCUACAUCUAGUCCAGAAUACGAACAUUCUGAUAGGAAUCACCACCCAGUUGAUGUGGAUGAGGCUUCAUGCCCAGAGGAACCCUAA